AGAGACACGCUCCGUAGAUAAAAAAAUAUUCUACAAAUCAACAAGUUUGUUUAUGAAUUUGUUUAAAACAUUGAUAAAGAUGUAAAAAUGUAUAUUGUACCGGCCUAAAUCUUGUUAUUCUCUCAUGAUCAAUCUAAAGUUAUCAGUAGGUUGCGGGAUGAUUCAAUUGAGAGCAUCUAAGAAUUGAAUUAAAUGUGAUAACGUAGCAAUUUUUUUAAUGUAUAACUUUAUUAAGUGAUUUUCAGUUCGGUUAUAUUCUGUUAGUGAUAUAAUAAAUAUGGAUUUGCAGUGAUUAGAUUUUAAGCCGAUGAAUUCUACGGGAGUAUGCAGUUCAAACCGUCGUCCUUCGCAGAUGACGAGAUACACCAAUGCAGAUUUUGCAGAUGAUGAUAGUGUAAAUAGCGUUCAACUAAACGAAGGUAUUAGUAGCAGCACGACCCAUAUUCGUUACCAUGCCGGUAGUACGAUUUGGAAAUUAAGAUCCCCAUUAGAAAAAGUUUUAUUAAUUCUAGUUGGAAUAUUGCUUUUUACUAUAUUUAUAUUAGCUAUUAUUUUGCAUAUAACUGAGCACAAACUAGAAAAUACUAAGGUAAUUCCGACUGAUACACCUGGACCUUGCUUGAACAAAUCAUGCAUUCAUAUAUCUAAUAAUAUCCUAGAGGCAAUGGAUACUUCCGUAGAUCCAUGCGAUGAUUUCUAUUCUUAUUCUUGUAAAGGAUGGGUGCAAGCAAAUCCCAUACCAGACGCUAAAAGUACCUGGGGUACAUUUAUGAAAUUAGAACAACAAAAUCAACUUAUUAUCAAAAGAGUGCUCGAACAAUCGAUGGAUACGUUAAAAUCAAAGGCUGAGCAAAAAGCGAAAAUGUAUUACGAAUCAUGUUUGGAUGUGAAUGAGACUAUGGAAAGUUUGGGAGCUACACCCAUGAUUGAAUUGUUGAAAAAAUUAGGUGGAUGGAAUAUUACGGAUAGCGGAUUCGAUAUAAACACUUGGACUCUACAGAAUAUCACGCAAAUUAUACAAAAUAAAUAUAACAUAGGAGGACUAUUUUCAUACGCAGUUGGAGAGGACGAUAGGAAUUCUACUAGACACGUUUUACAAAUAGAUCAAAGUGGAUUAACUUUGCCUACAAGAGAAAAUUACUUAAACAAAACUAAAGAACACGUCAAAGUCCUCAAUGCAUACUUAGAAUACAUGACCAAGGUUGGGAUUUUAUUGGGAGGUAACCCAAAUACAACAAGAAAACAAAUGCAAGCGAUAAUAGACUUUGAAACAAAAUUAGCAAAUAUCACCACCCCCAACGAAUUACGUAGAGACGAAGAAAAAUUAUAUCAUUUGAUGAAAAUAGGAGAUUUACAACUAAAAGCACCAUUUAUAGAUUGGAGAAGGUUUUUCGAAGACGCUAUGAGAAUAGUGAGCAAAAAAAUUACUAAUAAAGAAGAAGUUGUAGUUUAUGCACCGGAAUAUUUAGGAAACCUAACCCAACUUAUAAAAGAAUAUAACAAAACUACAGAAGGUAAAAUUGUACUGAACAAUUACAUGGUGUGGCAAACGGUGAGAGUGUUUACAGUGUGUCUUUCUAAAGCAUUUAGAGACGCUUAUAAAGGUUUAAGAACUGCGUUAAUGGGAACCGAAGGAGGCGAAGAACCACAAUGGAGAUAUUGCAUACAAGAUACCAAUUCAGUAUUAGGAUUUGCUAUUGGGGCGAUUUUUGUACGAGAAGUUUUUGAUCAAAACUCGAAAAUGCAAGCCGAAGAAAUGAUCAAUAACGUCAGGAAUGCUUUCAAAACGAAUUUCAAAAAUUUAAACUGGAUGGACGAAGAAACAAGAAAAGUAGCUAUCGAUAAAGCUGAUGCUAUCUCAGAUAUGAUAGGUUAUCCUGAAUUCGUGAAAGAUGUACGUUUAUUGGACGAAAGAUUCGAAAAAUUAACCAUCCGAUCGAACGCUUAUUUCGAAAACAACAUUCAAAUCAGUUUUUUUAACCUAAAAAAAAAUUUGGAAAAGAUCAACGAACCAGUUAAUAAAACUACUUGGAGUAUGCCUCCGUCGACGGUGAACGCUUAUUACACUCCAACAAAAAACCAAAUGGUCUUCCCAGCUGGUAUUUUACAAAGUCCUUUUUACGAUUCAUCUUUUCCACCGAGUUUGAAUUACGGAGGAAUGGGUGUCGUUAUGGGGCAUGAAUUGACCCACGGUUUCGACGAUCAAGGUAGACAAUUUGACAAAUAUGGGAAUUUGAAUCAUUGGUGGAAGAAUAAAACCAUAGAAAAAUUUAAACAAAGAACUAAAUGUGUUGUCGAGCAAUACGAUAAAUACACAAUCAACGGUAAAAAUAUCAACGGGAACCAAACUUUAGGUGAAAAUAUAGCAGAUAACGGAGGUUUGAAAGCAGCUUAUCACGCUUACUUACAAUUUAUGAAGCACCGACCAGAACCACCACGACUUCCUGGUAUUCCUUUGAACCAUAGACAAUUAUUUUUCGUUGCGUUUGCUCAGGUGUGGUGCUCAACGGUAACCAAAGAGGCGACGGCGUUGCAAAUAGAAAAAGAUUCGCACUCCCCCGCCCCUUUCAGAGUGAUAGGUGCUCUGAGCAAUCUCAAAGAAUUCAGCGACGAAUUCCAUUGCAAACCGGGAUCGAAAAUGAAUCCGGUAAAUAAAUGUGAAGUUUGGUAAUUUGUUUUUUAAUAGGAAAUCGAUUGCAUUGAAAGUGCAAGUGAAUCGAAAGGCUUUAUUUAACUGUAACAAGUAUAUCGUCUUCUAUUUUCACCUAGAACUCGAAGUAAUCCAUUUCGUUGCAAAAUUAUCUCUUCUCGAGUUCAUUUUAAUACUUUUUUAUUGAACGAAUAUCUGAGAAAACUCUAUUUAUAACAAUUAUUUAAAUGGUAUGUUUCGUUUGCAUCUACGUCCGUAUGUUAUUUAUUGAACAGAUGAAAAGGAAAAUAGAAAUGAUUUAAAAACAGAACGAGUUCAAAAAUUCGUAAACUCAAAAUUAUCCUUAAUUUGGAAUAAUCAAAAUCUUUCUUUUAAUCACCAGUUCAGUUGAGGAAGCUUUUUUCGCUUCAAUAAAUGAAAGAACUAUUUAAGACGGAUUUUACUUCAAAAGUACACAAUUAUAUAUAUAUAUAUAUAUAUAUAUAUAUAUAUAUAUAUAUAUAUAUAUAUAUAUAUAUACAUAAUAUACCUUUAAAGGAUUCUUUGCAAUUAAAAUAAUUUAUAACUUCAGUUAUCAAAUUAACAUGUUUUAUCGAUAAAAAAUAUAAUUCAAAUAAUCAGUUAGUUGAGGUGGUGAUCGAUGAAUAGCUUAGCAAAUUUGUAAACCCGCCAUUGCACUACACCUUCAGUCUCUGAAGACGAUAACUUGGUUAUCGAAAGCUAUGAGAAUGAACUAGUUCAGAUCUUAUUAAUGCCGGUGGCAUCAUCGCUUUCUAAUUGUUUUGCUUCACAGUUUCAAUUUGCUCUUCAUUAUUUUGGUGUUUUCAUUUGUGCUUGUACUAUUUUUAUAAAUACGGUUUCAAUUCUAUGUAACGACUCUGAAGAGACUGUACAUUUUAUGAUUUUCUAGAGUUGUCAGUAAAUAAAAAGAAGCAAAAUCAGAAUUAGAAAAAGCAAAAGUUCAUUCCAGACUAAUUAAUAGCUUUGAAGGUACAUAAAAAACAAUCUUAUUUGAAGGCUAUUGCAUAUUGUCUAUUGCUGCAGCAGUAAUUUUACCCUUUUUUUUACUUACUUCAUUUAUAUUUAUGAUUUUUAAUUCUUCCAGAGCUUCAUUGAUACUCGACUCAACCGUCUUUAUCUCCUUGUUCUUAAUCUUCUGUUUUCCUAACUGAAUGUAACAUUUCCGUGAGCGAAUCUAUUGUAAACAAGCAGUCUUCUACUUCAAAGUAGUUUUAAAGAUUUCUUAUGAAAAUUCAUGCCGUUUUGAAUCUACUUAGGUAAUGGAAGGUCUCGAUUAUCACAAUCUUCUACAUCAGAUUCUUAUUCUGAGUCCCCAGAUUCAGUUUUAUGAAAACUGUCUCCACUUUCUGCAUCUUUUAUGUCCGAAUCUGUUUCGUGACUGUUGUUGUCCUCUCGUCAGUUAUCGGUUCAUCUUCAAUGCCAUUCAAGGAAUCUAAUACAUAUCUUGCGACAUUGAGUCACCUUGGUGACAAAGGAACUACUUUUACAAUAAUUUACCUCAUUCCAGAGGUUCUUAAAUUCCCAGACUCAACCGUUGAAUCUUCUUUAUCUCCUUGUUCUUAAUCUUCUGUUUUCCUAACUGAAUGUAACAUUUCCGUGAGCGAAUCUAUUGUAAACAAGCAGUCUUCUACUUCAAAGUAGUUUUAAAGAUUUCUUAUGAAAAUUCCUGCCCUUUUUAAUUCUACUUAGGUAAUGGAAGGUAUCGAUUAUCACAAUCUUCUACAUCAGAUUCUUAUUCUGAGUCCCCAGAUUUAGUUUUAUGAAAACUGACUCCAUUUUCUGCAUCGUUUAGCAAUUAUCUUAAGGUAUUAUUCCUCCGAUUGUAAUGGUCCCAUGUCAGUUUCGAAAAUUUACAAAACAACUUAUCGUUUUGGUCAAUUCUAUUCCAGAAUGCUAACAGAUACUGUCAGUUAAGAGAAUAGCUGGAUGUAUAUUUGGGCGACAUCAAUGCCAAUGUGAAACUUGUUUGAAUCUUCUUCAUCUGAAUUCUAUUCUUAAUUACCAGAUUGGGUUUUGUGAAGAUUGAGACAACUGGAGUCCGUUGUUGAGGAGGCUAAGGCCCACAUGGGGCUUUAUUGACGCAUACUACAUACCAUAGUCACUUACAUAGUCACUUCUGAUUUAUUUAUUCUAACAUAUGAGUUUUUGAAAAGAUUAAUUUGUUAUGGAGCUUCUACUUCAUUCGAUAAAUUCAAUAAAACCUCGGAUUGUGUGCUAAAUCGUCCUCUAUCUAUCUGCACUUUAAGUUAAAUCAAAUUUUAGUAACUUUAUGAUGAUUUUAUUCUUUAUAUGCGCUGAUUAGUUUUUCUUUGAUUUUUUUAUUGCGUGUUCACAAAUAUCCCGGUUAUCUUUCUGGAUUUCUGGAUCUUUGAUAUGAAUUUGAAGGAAAAAUGUAUCGGAAUUGAAAGGUGUCACAAAUGAAUUUCUACUCAACGAUUCUUUAUUUUUCAACUAUUAUUACGAAAUGUUUCUUAUAAACUAAAAUAGGUAAAUAAAAAAUAAAUUUCUAGUCUAUGUUAAAUUUAACAUUGGCUUUGAUUUUUUCUAUUUACACGUAUAAAAAGUACCUGUUAUAAUAUAGGGAGGUAGAUUCAUGAUUACUAUUUACACAUUACUUUAAUAUUUUGUAUAUAUACUUCCAAAAGCGACCAAAUUCAAAUAUUUUCCAAGUAGAAUACCGAAAUUCAUACACAGAGUGUAUAUAUAAAGAAAUUUUUAUAAAAUUUCGUUAAUUUGAUACAUGCUUUUGAAUAUUUACUGUAUAUCUUACACUCUAUUUAUGAAUUUAUUGUAAAUUUUUUAUUACAGAUUUUACACCUAGUUUGGUUAUAAGGUAUAGUAGAAAUAUCGUUCAUAGAAUAUGUCGUAAUCAUACCAACAUUUUUCACUAAUAGAUCAGGAUCGAUAAUUUUCGAAACCAAAAAAACAUAAUAGAAGGAUGAAAUUCAUUGCAAAAGAAGAAAAAUAUGAUAAAAAUAAAAGCAAAAAUAAAUUUCGCACGAUCUGAAAUCGGGUUGGGAAUGGGGGUUAGGUUAGGUUAGCUUUUAAGGGUAAAAAACAGUUAUCUCGAUUCCCGGUAAAAUUGCGAGUCCUACGGAAAAAAAUUUAAUGACAAAGUUGUAGUUAAUAAAAAGAUCUACAACUUUUGUAUUUUUAAUUUUUUCAAAUAACCUCACAAUCAAAGAGAAAAAUUCAAAAAACCAAGUCUUUGGUUUUUUAUUUUUUUCUUGUACAAAAAACAUUUUUCCCGAAAUUUUGUGAAAAGUUAUCUUUUUAUGUCCCAUAUACACUGUAAUUUAUUUGAUUCGAAAUAUUUAUUUUUUCACGUUAUUUUGUCAUAAUAUCGAAAAACCACCCUAAUUUUUGAACGAAAAUUCUUCCGUCAAAAUAAAAAUUCAUUGUGACUUUGGUUCGAUGAAAUCUCUAUUUUUUGAUGGUGUAAAAAAUAUUACCAUCACCAUUGUAAAUUUUCUCAGAAAAAGCAAAAAAAAGACCAAAAAACCUUGCUUCCCAAUAUUUCAUUACGUACAAUUUUUAGUUACUUAUUAAAUGUUUCAAUUCAAAUUACAUAAAAAAUUAGAGAUUUCGAACAUAAGUGAUUAAGAGUCAAAAAUUUUAAUAUAAUACCUAAAAAUUGUACAUAACGAUUAAAAAAAUUUCGAAUGCGAAUUUCUUCGUCUUAUUUUUUACCUUUUCUAAGUUUACCAUGGUGAUGGUAAUAUUUUUUCACCCAACCAAAGUCACAAUGAAUUUUUAUUUUGUCGGGAGAAUUUUCGUUCAAAAAUUAGGGUGCAUUUUCGAUAUUAUGACAAAAUAACGUGAAAAAAUAAAUAUUUCGAAUCAAAUAAAUUACAGUGUAUAUGGGACAUACAAAGGUAACUUCGUUUCGUGAAAAAAAAAAUGUUUUUUGUUAAAGAAAAAACAAAAACUCGUUUUUUUGAAUUUUUCAUUUUAAUUUUGAGGUUAUGAGAAAAAACAUAAUACAAAAGUUGUAGAUCUUUUUAUUAACUACAACUUUGUCAUUUCUUUUCCAUUGGACUCUACUUUUUUCGGAAAUCAAGAUAAACCGUUGUUUACCAUUAAAAACUCACCCCCUUCAAUUUUCCAACCUCAGAUCGCCCGUAAAUUAUUUUUCCCUUCAUUUUUAUUAUAUUCUCACCCUUUUCCAAUAGGUUUCAUCCUACUAUUAUUUUUUUUCACUUUUUAUUAUUUUUAAAGGCUUCUACCCUGGUCUAUAAUUGUUUUUUAAAGAAUUAUUGGAGACGUUGAUUGGCUUUACUAUAUAAAACACACUGUAAGUGUGAUGUUGUUAAUAACUGAUGGGAAAUACUUUUGCCUGGCUAGGAUUUCGAAGGUUUCUUGCUAUUUUGACUGUUUGUUUUACUAAUUUUAUUAACAGUCAUUCACCAUCAAGUUUAAAGAAGGUGGAAAAAUCUUAAAGCAAACUUGAUGAAUAUACAGGGUUAACGAUCCGUAACUUUUAUAGGGACAACCUGUAGAAUCUAAAAAUAGCAAAUAUGGUUUUUCAAUAGUUUUUUUUAACUCGAUAAAAUUUAGGAUUUUUAAUUAAUUGAGCUUGAUACUGUCGACCAUCACGUUACUUACAUGAGGAAAAAAUUAGAGCGUAGAAAAAUUUUGUUGCUUAAUCUACAGCUUAUCAAAUAAAAAGGUACGUAAAAGGGGUAAAGAAGUAAAAAGAAUCCUAUUAAUAAUUGUCGUUGAUGCGUUAAAUUGUAGUUGAAUUUUACGUACGCUAGUUGUGGGAUCAGCAUCAACUAGAUCUAAAGCAUUUUGAUCUGAAACUGAUGUUCAUAUUGUAAGUUUUUGCCCUUCGCCACCUUUUUUUGGUAGGACACUUUCUAAAAUAUCAUUUUAUAAAAAAUAAUGUCAAUAAAUGUCUCUAUAUGACGAACGGUUUCCUUGGAAUGUACAACAAUCUAAAAGUCUAAAUAUAUUCUAAAUCAUAAAUUUUAUCGAGUUAAACAAGUAGCUUUAGUUAAAAAAAAACGAUUAAAAAAAUCUUUUUUGCUAUUUUUAGAUUAUCCCUGUAAAAAAUACGGUUAAAUAACCAUUGGGCAUGAACCGCCCCUGCCCUUCAGAUAGUAGUGUACAAUUAUUUAUUCCGUAAAACACACUAAAUAGACAAAAGUAAUCAUCCAUUAAAAAUUCAUAAUUUUCGAAUGUAUAAUUUAGAAAUAUACUUAAAUGUAAGUUCUGGGAAACGUAUAAAAAAAUUUUUAUGUCACGGCAUUAUUUCACGUCAUCCACUCACUCCAGAAGUUUUUGCAUCAAGUCCUUGAAUACACCAAUAUCAAUAAUUUUUAUGUUUAUAAAUCGUCUUCAUUUUAGGUCUGUUCUGAUUUAAAUUUAGUUUUUUUUUUAUUAUUUUCUAAAGACAGAUAAAAAUUUGACGAUUCGAAAUCAACAUUCUGAAAAAAAAAACGUUACAGUUUUUAAAAAAAUAAAAGAAACUAAUUUUAAAUCCGAAGACAUCUAAAAUAAAUACGAUUUAGAAACAAACAUAACAAAAGAUAUAAAGAAAUAAACAAUUUAAAAAAUUUAUGUGACAAAUCUAGCAUCAGUGGUAUUUUUUUUAAUAUUUUCGAAAUAAUUUGGCAUAAAAUUUUUGAAUAUGUAUAUGUAUACAGUUUGUCCCUUCUGUAACUGAAAUUGAUGAAACAUUCUCAAACACUGAUUAGGCCUAAGGUUAAUUUCAUUAUGCAGGGACAUGCUGUAUAAUAAAUGUCUCAUUGUCUCCGUAAUCCUUCCGAUUUUUAUUUUUUAUUAAAUAUUGUUGAAUCAUGUAUAUGGAACAAUCUCAUAUCAGCUGAUACCUAAUCCUUCUUAUUUUUUGGGUUAUCAAAAAGGAAGAAGAAUAUUUGUGUAAAACUGUGUAUAUUUUUUACUGUGAUAAAAUACAUGUAAAUAUUUAGAAUA